AAUAUCAACAAGCAUCAUUUGAAGAAGAGCUGAAGAGACAAGUGAAAAUGUUCAAAUUAACAGUGAUUUUGUUCUUAGCAGUUUACGUCGAUUAUGCCUUGAGCCAGCGUUUUAUUCUUCCGACGUACAGGCCUCCUCCACGAAGACCUGUACUUCGGAGAAUUCGGGAUGUGGGUGAUCAAGAACCGUUGUGGCUAAACGAAGAUAACAACAUUCCUCGAGCGCCCGCCACUGGUGAUCAUCCAGUUCUGCCUUCAUACAUUGAUGAUAUGAAACUGGACCCCAACAGAAGAUAUGUUCGUGAUGUUAGUUAUCCACAAUGGUUAUAUCAAGGUGACAAUAUUCCACGAGCUCCAGCUAGCAGUGACCAUCCUGUACUACCAAAUAUUAUCGAUGAUAUUAAGCUAGACCUAAACCGAAGAUACGCCCGAAGCGUAGACUCUCCGAGCGCCCGGCGAUCCGGUGGAAGCCGUUCAAAGUCCAGCAGAAGUCAUGAUACUGGCCGGACUCAUCCUGGGUAUAAUCGGCGAAAUGCCUGAGAUUAGCAUGUUUAUACCUACUAUACAAUUUAGGAAAGUACCUACAGUUACAAUAAUUAUAAUCUAUAAUGUAGAACUAUAUCUAUAUACUUAAAAUUAUUAAUUUUGACGUGUAUUAAUUAUUUCAAUUAAAUAAAUAUAUUUUAAAAAA